AUGGAGGGGGCCGGGGGGCCGCGGCUGGCGGAGGCCGAGCGGGAGAGUCUGCUGGGCUCCGUCCACGGCGUCUCGGGGCCCGUGGUGACGGCCACCCGCAUGGCGGGGGCGGCCAUGUACGAGCUGGUGCGCGUGGGGCACGCGGAGCUGGUGGGGGAGAUCAUCCGGCUGGAGGGGGACAUGGCCACGCUCCAGGUCUACGAGGAGACCUCGGGGGUGCGGGUGGGGGACCCGGUGCUGCGCACGGGGAAGCCGCUCUCGGUGGAGCUGGGGCCCGGCAUCCUGGGCUCCAUCUUCGACGGGAUCCAGCGCCCGCUGCGGGACAUCGCCCAGCUCACCCGCAGCAUCUACAUCCCGCGGGGCACCAACGUCCCCGCGCUGCCCCGGCACCUCGCCUGGGACUUCGCCCCCAGCAAGGACGUCCGGGUUGGGAGCCACGUCACCGGCGGUGACAUCUACGGGACGGUGGCCGAGAACUCCCUCAUCCGGCACAAGAUCAUGGUGCCGCCCCGCAGCCGGGGCACCGUCACCUACAUCGCACCCCCCGGGCACUACAGCGUCUCGGACGUGGUGCUGGAGCUGGACUUCCAGGGCAGCGCAGAGAAGCUGACCAUGCUGCAGGUCUGGCCGGUGCGACAGACCCGGCCCGUGGCCGAGAAGCUGCCAGCGAAUCACCCACUGCUGACGGGCCAGCGGGUGCUGGACGCCCUCUUCCCAUGCGUGCAGGGCGGCACCACGGCCAUCCCGGGCGCCUUCGGCUGCGGCAAGACCGUCAUCUCCCAGUCCCUGUCCAAGUACUCCAACAGCGACAUCAUCGUCUACGUGGGCUGCGGCGAGCGCGGCAACGAGAUGUCCGAGGUCCUGCGGGACUUCCCGAGGUGGGGACGGCUCACCAUGGAGGUGGACGGGAGGACGGAGACCAUCAUGAAGCGCACGACGCUGGUGGCCAACACCUCCAACAUGCCGGUGGCCGCCCGCGAAGCCUCCAUCUACACCGGCAUCACGCUCUCCGAGUACUUCCGCGACAUGGGCCACCACGUCAGCAUGAUGGCCGACUCCACCUCCCGCUGGGCCGAGGCGCUGCGCGAGAUCUCGGGGCGCUUGGCCGAGAUGCCGGCGGACAGCGGCUACCCGGCGUACCUGGGCGCCCGCCUGGCCUCCUUCUACGAGCGCGCGGGGCGAGCGCGCUGCCUGGGCUCCCCUGCCCGCGAGGGCAGCGUCAGCAUCGUCGGCGCCGUGUCCCCGCCGGGAGGGGACUUCUCGGACCCCGUCACCUCGGCCACGCUGGGCAUCGUGCAGGUUUUUUGGGGGCUGGACAAGAAGCUGGCGCAGCGCAAGCACUUCCCCUCGGUGAACUGGCUGAUCAGCUACAGCAGGUACCUGCGGGCGCUGGAGCCCCACUACGAGGGGCUGCACCCCGAGUUCCCCGCCCUGCGCAGCCGGGCCCGGGAGAUCCUGCAGGAGGAGGAGGAGCUGGCCGAGAUUGUCCAGCUGGUCGGCAAGGUGGGAUGGGAUAGGGGGGACGGGAUAGGGGAGAGUUGCUCGGGGGGGGCCGAAGGCGUCACCCCCGCAGACCCCCCCAGCCAUUACGACUCCCCCAAGAACAGCCACAUCCCCAGCCACUACGACGUGCCGCCCGCCCGCCACUACCCGCCGUCCCCGCCGCUGCGCAGGAAGGACCGCUGA